ACUCCGAACGCCGAACAGCUGGUUCCGAGUAUGGCAUCGGCCAGCGUGUAGCGAUGUAGUAUUUCGCGGUGUCAUGAUCUGUCAAAAAUGCGCUGUCAGGAGUAACAAAAUGUCACUCGUCAAUCACACGAUUUGAGGAAAAUUUAUUGAGGAAACUAGCAAUUUUUUUUUAAUACGGCAUGGCUCACUUGAAUAAUGUAUUGAAGGCUGUGGAAACGUUAAAUGCGCUACGAGAAUCGGACAUCUCGUCGGAUUCCGGAGCAAGGAAAGAGAAGAUAUCGUGUUGCACAAUCAUUGUCGAUGGGAUAUGUUCGCCAACUGUCAGACAGAAUCCCAAGUUUCCACAAAUUCUCACCGCUACUGUUGAAACACUGCUAGCUUUGUGCAAUGACAAUGAAUCGGAUGUCAGGAUGGUUGCGGAUGAAUCUCUUAAUAAAAUUAUAAAAGCAAUGGUUGACAGCAACAUUGUUAAGAUUCAGAUAGAGCUUUACAAUGAAAUAAAAAGAAAUGGACCUGCACGUAUAUUGAGGGCUGCUCUUUGGAGAUUUGGUUUACUAAGUCAUAUGAUACGUCCCUCAAGGGGUAAAGCUUAUGUAUCAAAUCUAAUACCUUGUAUAGUAAUCAUUGCGCAUCGAUCUGAAGAUACGGUGAUUGAAACAUUAUCGCAGUCAUUACCAUUAAUUUUAAAAGUGUUAGGACCUUUUAUGACAGAUAAGGAUGUUAAGAACUUGUUAAAAGCAUUCAUUGAAAAUAUUACCUCUUCUCAAGCAGCUUUUCGUAGAGCAGCAGCAAAUAUGAUUUUGGCAACAUGUAUAAAUUGCAGAAAGCCACAGUUCUUCUUAAAUUAUGUAUUAAAUUAUCUAUUAGAUAUAAUGACAUCCACGAGAAAUGUUGAAGAUUACCCAUCUACUAUUAUAGGCGGGUUUGGCUGUCUGAGAGUGAUUUUACCUUAUAUAUGUAAACCCUUAGAGCCUCAAGAUGUUGAGAUGCAACAGAUAGAUAAUCUAUUAAACAUUUAUGAAUUGUGUUUGCAUUAUACAAAAUGGCAUUCCGAUCAUAAUGUCAUAAAUGCAGCUUUAGAGACCUUGGCACAACUUUUAAAAAUGCCCCCAAAGUCAUUAGUAUCUGUUUUAUUGUCCUCAGAAGGCAUAAGUCAAAGCAGGAUAUUGAUAAAUCAAAAUGCGUGCGCCCCUUCACUGGGUCAAAUGAGUAUUUCUAGUGCAAGUACCGCUUAUGGUGGAAAUUCCGAUUCCAUCUUGAACUUGAUACAGGAACCUGAUAUUCCUGAGAUUACACCGAAUAUAGAAAAGUGGAUUGCGGAUACGGAAACGAUUGUGCCAGCCACAUCUAAUCCACAAACAACGCAAAACGAAUGUGAAACGAGCGACGAUGUGACAGAUAUGGAAGAGAAGAUAUCGGAAAGUUAUUGCGGUCUGAAAAUUGGAGCUAUUAAUAAUGACGAAGUUACGGAAGAAGGUAGCGAUCUCGAAAGUGAAAUUGAAAAAUCGGAGAAAACGCCAUAUCCGAGCCUGCAAAGUGAACGAUCGAAGGAGGAUUACUCCGAAGAGGCCACUCUGUCCUUUGCUUCCCCGAAAAAAUCUUCUUUGGAUUUCGCAUUGUACGAGACAGAUGUCGGAAAUUUUACGGACUCGGAUAUGCCUGUCAAGUAUUGUUGCCGCUAUCUGGUGUCGUCCUUCUUGCUGGCGGGCAAACCCGGGCAUUUAGUAUCGGACAAAUUAUUUCGCGUCAGCGUAAAGUCUCUCGCUCUAACAUGCGUGGGUUACAUCUUGAAGCUUUACCCACAUUUGUUUACGAUGACCGUGACCAAAGAGUCAAGCUGCAAUGAGAAUCAAUUUAUUGCAGACAUUUUACUAUUUGCGAAUCAUUCAGAUCCUCAAAUCAGGGGCAACAUAGCAAUGCUGAUCGGAAUCUUUUUGAAGUCUGUAUUUGUUCAGUAUGGCGGUUCCUUCCAGAACUUUGAAACGGAAUGUUCAAUUCAGAAAAGACAUAAGACAGUAUCGUUAGAAGACUUGAUAAAGCUACUUUUAAAUGGCUUGAAUGAUGAUUCUGCAACAACCUGUCGUCAAACAUUAGAUGCGUUGAAUCUCUGCUUAUCAGAAUUACUAGAUUCCGUCAGCAAUGAACAUGGUCUUGCAAUCUUGACUAUAUUGCCAAAACUUGUAAAAAAUCCCUAUUUUCUGGUAAAAGUAAAAUUAGUUGACUUGUUGAGUAAAUUGUCCUAUAUAACGAUAGAACACAUAACAGGACAAUCGUUGUUCCAAGAGCAUUUUAUUGAUGUUAUAAUAGCUUUAUUGGGUGAUCCAGACCAAAGGGUGAGACACGCCGCGUCGGAAGCUAUUGUUAAGAGUAUCCCUUGUUUAUAUUUCCGACAUCCUCAAGAGGACACUGUUACUAGAAAGGCUACGCAAUAUACUCAACAAUUUUUAAGCGCUGUAACAUCAAGUAUCUCGGAACUGUCAUCUUACCAGGACAAACAUAAGCCGUUCGUGAACACGUCUGUCAAGCCCUUUGUCUAUCUGAAUCAUUAUAAUGGCGUAAAUUACGAUUCCAGUGUGGAAUAUUCCCUCUCGCGCAUAGUUAACAUUUUAACGGAGAUACUAACGGUACAUUCCUCGAAAUAUCUCAUUUACGGAUGCUGCGAGACUCUUUUCCGCUUGAGCGAGACUUACCCGACCACGGUUUACGCGAGAGGAUGGGAUUGUAUUUUAAUGAAGACCCUGCCGAAGAAAUCUAAGAAGAAUAGCGACCGAUCAGAUACCAGCGACAUCAAUUUCGCGAACGAGAUGAUUUCGUCUCCGGUGAGCAGCGGUCUCUUAUCAUUGACUUUGCCCCUGUUAACGUCGUCGACCAUCAGCUUGGACUUGUCCACCCAUCGACAUCUGAUCCUCCUCGCCGGCAAUUUGGCCUCCGGAUUGGCCGUCUGCAGUUUUAAAGCCGGUAGUGAUUCGACAAAAAUGUGGAACAUCUCGAAGGACAGAUACAUGGAAUUGUUAUUGACGCACAUCACCAGAGUUCUCAACAUCUUCGUCCACGUCGUCGACGAGGUGCAGCUGAUACAAGCCAGUGCCAAGCCCGUAUUUUCGUCCUUAUCGUCCACGCAAACGUUGUCACCGAAGAAGAAAAUUAUGUCGGAGCAGAAGUCGAAGGAGAAGGGUGAGAGGAUUGGUUUAAGAAGCGGAAAGGAACAUAUGGGAACGUUCGUCGGGAUACCGCAUUACAUGAGAAUACAUGACAUUUUGAAAGCGGCACAUUCCAAUUACUUGGUCACUCUACAGCAUGAAGCUAGCGAAAUGUACGUUUCUCUGCUGAACGCGAUGCUAGAUGUUCUCUCACAGAUCCUCGAAAUCGCAUCCGUCAACGAAGCGAGUAAAAUAGCAGAGGAGGUGUUGUCUUAUCUGAAAACCACCGUCGUGUUGUCGCCUACGGCGACGGUUCGAUGCGUGCAACAACUGUUGAAAUGCUUGUUUGGCACAAAUGUGUGCGCACAGUGGAGCGAGCUGGACGUGCAGAAAAUUACGGAUCGUUGCGGUACUCUGCGAGAUGACAUCGGAGGUUUUUACAAUCAGUGCUUUCAAUAUCCAGCCAGGCAAAUGGCCAAUACGAUCAAAUGCAUCGGGAAUAAUUGCAGGGGUGAAAACGAACCGGAUACCGGGUGGAUAGGAUUGCUACGCAGAAAAGGCGAUCGGAAAUUUUCGUCGGUUUUUACUUUGGCGCGAUCCUCGGAUCAAAAGACGUCGGUAGCAUCAUUCAUUCGUCUCUUUGAGCCAAUGGUUAUAAAGUCUUUGAAACAAUACACCGUCACGAGUAACAUCGCAUUGCAGUGCCAAGUUCUGAUGCUACUGAGUCAACUGGUUCAACUCAAGGUCAAUUACUGUCUCCUUGAUUCCGAUAAGAUAUUCAUCGGAUUCGUAUUGAAGCAGUUCGAAUUUAUCGAAGAGGGUCACGUACAGCAGACCGAAGAUCUUCUGCCGAGGAUAUUCAAUUUCUUGGUGCACCUAUCCUACGAGAAGAAUCACUCGAAAGCGAUAAUAGGUAUACCGAAGAUAAUCCAGUUAUGUGACGGUCUGAUGGCAAGCGGACAACCGGCGAUCACGCAUUGUAUACCUGCGCUAGCGCCCGUUAUCGAGGAUAUAUUCCUCAUUCGCAACGGAAGCUCGAGCGUGAUCGAGCAGCGGGAAUUGGAAACAACGAGGGAUGUGCUGAUAGCCAUGCUGCUGCGUCUGGUGGAGUAUCACGAGAUAGUCGAGCUUUUGGCGCUGUGUCUGGCAGAGUCUAGAUUCAGCGGCGAUGGAAACGGCGAGGAGAAGUGGCGAAGAUGGUCCAGACUGACUAUGGACACUGUGCUUCCGAUAUUGGCCGCUGGAAAGCUCAGGAUAGAAUCCGAGAAAGCGCACGUCGCACUGGUGAAGCUAUUUGCGGCUGUCUCGCCUACGGUUUUCCGACCGGUGGAUCCUCUCCUCAAGAUACUCUUUACCGCAUCGAUAUCCACGACAGCGUCGAGUCUGAAACUGAAGCGAUGGCUAGGCAUGAUCAACGUCGUCCUGCUCUCAUUAAUCUCCUGCGCGAAGGAAGAGGCUAUGCUGGCGCGUCUCUUGGAUCUCAAUAUAUGUGUAACAGAUGUGUCGCCCCUGUUCUCGCCACAUCAAUGUUCCGACUCUUCCUCUUCCUCCCACGAAUGUUCCACGGAUCCUUUGAACGCCUUGAGCAUCCAGUCGCGCCAAAUGCCACCGGAACAUAUAUUUGCCCGAUUUAUAUUCAAGGUGAUCAACCUGAUAAGCGGGAAGGUGUUCAAUCUACUCGGACUGGUGAAUCACAAAUCCCUGGAUCCCUUCGUCGGUUUCUCCGAUUACACGGCGGAUGACAAUUAUCUGGUGCAUCAGUUCGCUUUCUUCCUGCAAUUGUGCAUUCACAUGUUCGAAUCCGGCAGCCAUUGCAAGGUGGCGAACGCGACAAUGCAAAUGAUUCAAGGACGCAACGUGUCCGACGAGGAGAAGCUGCUCGUCGACGACUUGAACUGCUUGAUGCUCGGCAUCGGAAACGUAUGCCCGACAGUGACGUGUCAGUGGGCCUAUCUAAUGAUCCUGCUGGGAUACAACGAGAUGUCCUUCUGGUCAAAGGUGUUGGGUACCAGCGAGAGCACCGAUUAUGUCGUCAUACAUCUUCGACCGAGCGAGAAAAAGCUCACGUCCGAUUAUAUGAAUGGUAGUAUAAACAAUCAGAUUAUCAGGAGAGGAGGAAUCAUAUUAUUCUGCGACUACAUAUGCGAGAAUCUCAACGACGUGGAACCGCUCACGUGGCUGUUGGUCAACCAUAUAGAGGAAGCCGUGGACAUCGCUGUGGAGUCUCCGGUAAGGGAUCUUCUGACCACGGCUAUACACAGAAACCCGGCGGCCAGCGGACUGUUGGUGCAAGCGAUAGCGACCAAAUGUACGGAUCUAUCGCGACCCAGUUUUAUCAAACGGCUGCUACAGUGCAUCGAGGGUGCGCAUCACUCGCAGAGCGGCGCGGUUAUAAUGACCUUGAUACCGAGACUCUUGUCCACCAAGUAUCUUGCUCUAUCGAGAAUGGCGGCGAAAAUUGCCAGCCGUAGAGUGGAGAUCCUGUUGACCACCAGCGCGGAGGACGCUGUCGAUCAAUUGUCGAAGAAUGAUCUUGUCAAGAUUAUGGACAUCCUACAGACCACCAAGCUGGCCAGAAAACAUGGUGGCCUGGUCAGCCUGUUGAACAAGCUGACUGUACAAUAUUAUGAUCUGUCGCCGUUAGAGCUCGAUCAGUGCAGACCGUUCAAUCCGUCCACCGUGAAGAGCAUUCAGUUGGAUCGGAAUUGGUUCCUGUCGCAGGUGAAAUUACGAUGCUGCCACGCCAGCGCCGGCAACAAUCCUAUGGAGUUGGCGCAGUUACUCAAGGACUUGGAUUUCGACGAUUGCUUGAGCAUUCUCUCCUGCAAAGAGUUCAAUCUGAAGAUCUUGAAAUACUGCGUAAUAUUGGGCGCGAGAUUCAGCAUCGAGAAGUGCCAGGAGUUGGAAUUCGGGCAAGCCCAGUGCGAGAAGGAUUUUCAUUUCAACGCGAGCCCUUUGUAUGUCGCCGCUAAACAGUGUCUGCUGGAGCACAUCCACUAUAUCUGCGAACUCGUGCCGAGGCCGCAUCAGAUUUACAAUCCGGAAGCGGAGGGGAAUAGUAGCGGGAAGGAAUUAAAAUACGCCGCUAGAUUUUCCGAACUGAUGAGCGACCCUCUUUAUUGGGAAAUUCUGUUCACGAUAAUCCCAACCGUCAAGAUUUACAUGAAGACGUUACCGAAACUGGCCAAGUACAACGUAGCUAAGAUUGAUGUGAGAUUCGAAGAGGAUAUCGCCAAGUUUUCCAUGUUAUGUCUCGAGCUGGUGCAUUGGAUGAUCUAUUCCGAUGGACGGAAUCUUCAUAAAUUGAAGCCGCACGAUAUGGACCUCGCGCUGAGUUGCGCGGCCGAGAUUCUGAGGCACGCAGCUCCGAGUAAAAUUUUCGGGGAGAGUACUCGUUACACCUGGGUCUGUUCCGCGGCGAUUUCCGUCACGAGAGUCGUGGAGAGUGUACUAACGACGAUGGAUCCUCUACCGAUCGUGGAUUCGCAGGCGUUAAAGCCGGCUCUCGAAGACGACGACACCAAGGAUUACGCUCGGGCGUGCAUCCAGAUGGCGUCGAUAGUAGCUUGGCUCGAGAAGCGUCAGGUGGAAGGCUCCUCCACGAGAGACAUCCCGCCGUACCUGUUCAACAUGAUAAAAUCUCUAGUCGUUAGCAUAAGUCGACAGCCGUUGGUGAACUCUUACAUCUUGACGCCUCCUUUGGCGUGGAAACGCGGCACGGGUCACAUCGUCGGCUCGGGUCCCACCAAGUGCUACUUCCCUCUGCUGUCGUCCGAGUCCAAUCUUCUGCAAGAGGUGGAUAUUCUAGAGCAGUUCAUUUACCGAGUCAAUUUACUGGGCUGGACAUCGAGGUCGCAAUUCGAAGAGAUCUGGAUGGCGUUUCUAAGCGUUCUCAACUUUCCCCAGAACGAGAACACGUCCAAGGAGGACGUAGUGGCUCUGAUUCAAGCCAGUGGCCUGGCGGUUCAAGCGAUCACGAGAUUGCUGCUGCAGACGUUACUGCUGCCGUGUCCCGGCAAUCCCGACGCCAGCGUUCUGAUUCACCAUCCGAGAGAUCCGCAGCUCUCGGUUCACAAGAUCAGUUCUCAGAAACUGUACGCGAUACAAGAGCUGCUCCUGUGGAAGUACGAGUACAUGAACGACGCGGACGGUAAGACUGGUCUGAGAUUGGAGCACAUAUUUCGCAGAGGAAACGUCGAGAGGGCCGCGAUGAUCUCCGACAGAUUCACGUAUAGUCAACUGUCGGUCUCCUACUUGUGGUCGCUUUGCAAUUUGUACGAGGACAAAUUGAACGCUUCCGUUCUGGACCUGAGGAACAGAAGGAAUGACGCGCUGAUGUCCGCGUCGCUCGAUCUGGACUCGUGUCUGCGUUUCCUUAUUGAACACUAUACCAUCUGGAUGUCACCGCAGGCCAGGACACCGGUACAAUUGUUGACGGAGAUCGUCAAGUCGAUUCUGGCGAUCUCGGAACUCUUUCUGGAAAGAUCGCAGUAUCAGUGGAUGUUGGACGUGUGUCUAGAAGUCUCCAGGAUACAUCCGAUAGAGAACGUGAUUCUACAUCAAUAUCUGGCUAUUUCUACGUGUAAAGCCGCUGCCGUUUUAACGCCCUUGGACUUGGAUACUUUGGAUAAGGUGAAACGCAUAGUGGACAUUAAUUUUAAAUCCGGCUUUCUCGCCUCCAGAGUUUCCGCGCUUCACGGCUCUUUGUAUCUGCUGCAAAGCGCGGUACUGACCAAGUGCGAGGAAACAAUGAAUAUUAUACAUCCUCUAGCCAUCGAGUAUAUACAGAAGCACAUUGACUCGCAAGAUUCAAAUAGCAUUUCAAGCCAAAGCGAGGAGCAUCAGGGAAUAAUGUGGGCUUUGGUAUUCUUCCUGCUGGAACACGCCGAGGAUACGCCUCCGGACUCGGAAGCACCAGCCGUAUUGGAAUUAGUCCUUUCUCUAGUCACAUCCCAGAAUCUCUCAUCCGGUUUACAUCAGAUGCUGCUGCAGGGUCUCGAGAGGCUCGUGGCAACGAAGAGCGUAGUUGGAAAGGUCGCCGAGCAGGUCGUUAAGAUCGCAAUAGACCGGCUGAAGCAACCGAGCCCGUUGCUGGCUUUACCGGCGUUGCAGCUUCUGCUGACGUGUAUGUACACGGAGGCGGCCGACCGACUGAAUCGCCCCGGUGUUGAAGAACCGUUACCUGAUGUAGAACCAGAGACGCUAGUCCGAUCCAUAGAGCGUAUAUCUGCGAUAUUCGACAAGAUCCGCAAAGGUCAUCCCAUGGAGGUGGAGGUGCUGUGCACGGUUCUGUCGAGUGUUCUCGGCGACUUUUUCCCUCCUUCCGAGAUCCUGACCAAGGUCAUAGGAGAAUUUCUGUCUCCGCAACAACCACAUCCGAGAUUACUCUCCGCCGUUGUCUUUAAAGUCUGUGAGAAAGCGUGUACCUGCACGGAAAUGGAGCUCCUUCAAGACUGGGUGGUCUUUAGUUUACCAAAUUUCAUUCAGAGCUUGCCGAUGGCGAUGUCGACCUGGUGUUUGUCCUGUUUCUUUAUAAGCGCAUCGACGAAUCAUUGGUUGAGAGCUUUAUUUCCGUACGUUCAAUCUAGAAUAGGAAAAUAUGAAUAUGAAGAUAAAAAGAUGUUGUGCAUAGCCGCUUCGGACUUUUAUCACAAGCUGCCCAAGGAAUCGCAAAAGAAGGCGUUUGUCGAGACUUUCGAAGCAGCUGCUAAGGAACCCGGAACCCCGUUCAGUGAUAUUCUAGCUUCUUUUUAAUUGACGUUGACCGUAUGUCGAGAAAGAGAAAUAUUCUACAAGAUGUUAAACUGUAAAAUAUUGAUGUAUACUAUUACCUGUGCGUUGUCGCGCGCACACGUGUACAUUUGUAUGUAUGAUACUAUAUUUAUUUUACAUUAUGCCCCGUCAAAAGAGAGAUAUACAACUUGUUUUACAAUAAACAGUAUUUUUUAAGUAAUUAAA